AUGUUAGAGGAUAUUGAUCCAGACCGCUUCCCUAGAAAUAGAGAACACAAUGACCAGCUGCUAUCUGCAGCUGCAUCGCCCGCUACGACAGCUACUAACGCUUGCGAACCUACUGCAGCUGUAACACCCGCUCCUGCAACUGAAGCAACCCAGAACCCGACGACUUCUCGUCCAUCACCGUCUGCUACAGCUCCACCUACAGUACGUGCAUCCACGGAACCUUCUACACCUGAAACAAGACCUGCUGCUGUUACUCAACCAUCAAGAGCUCAACCUUCACGAUCCACAUCUGAUUUUUACUCAUCCGACUCAACGGAUGAGGACGUCUGUGUGGGAACGCCAUCUCCACAUUCACGGAAAUGUCACUACUCAGCUGCCGAUGUCCUUCACGACACUACACGAUCAACCUUCAAGGAUAACUCCACAAUGACAACACGAAGUCAGACCACCAAGACAGACAAGCCCAAGAAAAAAGACCCACGACCAGAGUUUGCUUAA